UAGUUUGGCGAAAUGUUGGAAACAUUUGGUUGGGCCAGAGUGGCUGCCGUUGCGCUGGUUGCUGAGCACUGCUUGAGUUGUUUUGUGUUUAGUUUAGGGGAAUACAUUUUCCCGGUUUACAUCUCGUAGAGGAGCUCGUGGCCCAGUGUUACUGUCUCGAGUCGAGUUAAUUCUAAUUCAGUUUCAUGCACUAUCCACGUGUAGCAAGAUGUCAGGAAUAAUUUGCCCCAAUUGUCCCAACUGCAGAAAAAACUAUGAUUUGGAUAAAGAUAGGCUACGGCUGCCCAGAAUGCUGCCGUGUGGACACACGUUCUGUGAGAGGUGUCUGGGCCAUUGGACAAAGUUGCGGCAGAAUAGAGGCUUCUUCUUGUGUUCAAUGUGCACUGAGAAGAAGGAGAAUUACUUCGACCAGGCCUCCUCAAGGCCACUCGAGGGAUUUGCUGUGGACGUGUACAUUGUGGGACUUGUAUCUCUACAUGGCCUUGGCACAAGUAGAGGUGCUGGUGUCGAAGCAUGCGAUCAGCUGGUUGCCAGGUUUGAAGCAUCCAUACAGAGUGCCCAGCCGGACCCUGCCGACACACCCACGACGCCGUUCGAGGAUACGGUAUGUUCCCACUGCCGCAUGUCGGAGGCGGUCGGCAUCUGCCCGUGUGGCAAGUUCUGUCAGAACUGCUUCAAGACGACGCACGCACGCUCCAAGGCGCUAUCCGCGCACGAGUUGCGGCCACUGUUCCAGGCGGAAUGCGACAAUCAUGCUGGCGCUCCCAUUGUGCUGUGGUGCAAACACCACAGUACUGCCCUGUGUUCUGCCUGCUUCGUCAGUGAGCACAAGCAAUGUUCCGUUAUCAGCAUUACAGAGGCACAUUCUAACCUGACGGCGAUUCUUCAGGAGCAGCAGCAGCAGAUUAAUUCCGCCAAGACCGCCAUGGUGCAUGCGGAUUCAAAAAUCAACCACCUUCUUUCCAAAUUGAAGAGUGAAUGUCAUGAGUCCAAAGAAGCACUCACAGCCCAUGUGUGUGACCUCCACUCCCAACUACAAAAUGAGCUUAAUUCUCUUCUUCAAUCGCUGGAAGGACAAGGAUCGGCACAACUGGACCAGCUCCUCGACGCGAAAAAGAAACUUGCCAACCGUCUCAAACUGUGUGCAAAGGCAGAACGCUGGUCGGCUCGAGCCACCCGUCCAGGUGCUCCAACGGAUCUUCUUCUUGUAGCACACGAACAUAUGCGCAAGGCGGUGGGCACAUCUGCGCUCGACUUCGCUAUCGACGAGUCCGCUCCGCGUCUGGAAUUCUGCCCAGGAGAUUUCACUGUCGGUGAUAUUGGCGUAGUGCAGGGCCCAGAAGCCAGAGGUGUGUUGUUGGAAAGCACGCAGCCAUCCUCCGGAUAUCUGGCUAGGCCGAAGGAAGCAGUGCACCGCUCCGCGUCCCCAUAUUCGGUAGGGCGCCGAACAUCGCGGUCAACGUCACCAGGGAAGCCAAUUCUUCCGUCAGCACCGCCACAAGCUGCUGAAUCGUCUGCCCAGUCGCCGCGAGUAGACUCUUCCUCGGUGGCUGUGCCCAACGGAGAAGACUCCUCCUCAAUGGCUGUGCCAGGACGAGCAGCAGCAGUGAGUCUGGUCAACGGUCAGCUUGGUCUUGAUAAGCCGGCGCCAAGGCAGCCAAGUGAAGUCACAGCUCUUGCCACCGUAACAACCUCUGCUGUUGAUGCGGCUGCUUCUACCGUCACUUCUGAUGCCAAUGCUCGCGUGGUGGCAGCCAAGCCAGAACCAGUGGAACGUAGCGGAGCCGUGGCCAUGGCUCAGCCCUUGUCACCAUCGCCUGGAACGGUUGCCGAAUCUGCCGAGCAAAAUGAUUGGACAGAAGUGAAGGUUAUCAGCCUAGUGACGGCAACACGGUACAUCGUUCAGCGAACAUGCGACCUUGGCACCAUCAAGAGCAUCUCUGACCAGCUGGUUGCUGCACAGAGCCAAAACCGCCUUCCUUCGCUGGCAACGCUCCGAAAAGGAGAGCUGGUUGCGGCUCAGUUCAGCAUUGACAAUCGUUGGUACAGAGCGCGUAUCAAGGCGUUGCCCGGAGAUAGCAGCAAGGAUAUGCCACCACCCAACACCCAUGCCUUCGUUGAAUACAUUGACUUUGGAGACACUGCCUGGUUGCACAUGAAGUACUUGCGUAUGCUGCCGUUGGUCUUCCAAGAGAAGCAGGCACUCGCCCACAAAUGCAGUCUGACGCACAUUAAGGCGGCCCCCACCAGCAUGAAGCCGGAAUUGUUCAUGGCUAAAGUUUUCGACUUUGUUGAGCAACUCGUUCUUGAGCAGCACGCCCUAUUCAAGGUGUAUGCUGUUGAUUCGAAUGGUGUGCUCCACGGUGAUCUACGACCAGUAGGCUCACCCGUCGGUCUGAGAGACAUUCUUGUCAGAGAGAAGUUUGCUGGAACGCAACCGCUUCCCAGACCAGAUGUCAACAUGGUGGAGAUUGUCGAAGGGUUUGUGGAUGUGACAGUCAGCCACUGUGUCAGUCCUGCAGAGUUUUAUGUGCAGCAGGCUGGUGAUUGGAGUGAAAUGCUCCAGAACACCAUGUUGGACAUGCAGGCUGCUUUUAGCAAGGGCUCUUCCUCUCCAGAUAGAUUAGUAGUAGGUGGAAUGUAUGGUGCAUUGUACUCCGAAGAUCAGCAAUGGUAUCGUGUAGUUGUCAAAGAGCUGACAUUUAGUGAUGCCGUCGUGCAAUACAUUGAUUAUGGCAACAGCGAGAAUGUGCAGUUUUCACAAAUCCGUCAGCUGCCGGAGUCAUUUCAGUGCAAACCAGCUCUGGCUACUCUCUGCCAUGCCCAUGACAUUCGGCCGACAUCUAAUUCUGCUGAGUGGUCAACCAAAGCUGUUGAGCAGUGGCAAGACCUUUGCAGUGACAAAGACUUUGUCUUGACGUGUCAAGGUAGUCGAACAACGGACCGCGGUUAUCCGGUCUUGUUGAUCGACACUUCGCAGUGUGAAGACAAAGACUUCUAUCCUACCCAGAUGCUAGUGGAAAAAGGCCUCGCUGUUGCUGGCAUGCACAACACCAUGGCAGAGAAAUCGGCUCACACGCAGGACGUUCCUGUGGUGGCCAUGCCUCCUAGCAGUCAUGCAGCGUCACUCGAGCCUGCUGCAGGUAUGCCAGUGCAGUCAGCAGUACAGUCUUCAGCACACUCCACAUUGCACUCUGCAACACCAUCAGAAAGACCGCCACUUGCAACAGUAUCAGCAGCAGUAGCCCCAGCCCCAGCUUUUGUCGGUGCUAGCUCUGUCCAUGUAGCUGCGCAGCCACCGACAGUGGCACCAGGAGCAGCAUCACUACAACAGAUAUCAGCAGCGGCAGUAUCCACAUCCGGUCUCCCUUCCCAUGGUUCUAUGCAUGCAGGUAAUGGCACCACUGCUACUCCCAAUGUACCAUCGAGUGUACCUUCAUUGCAAGGUCGGCAUGCCGUGUCACCCACACAUGUUAAGACACCCGGACACACUGGCUCAGUGCAAAGCUCCGUCCAAGUCGGUCAGGUCGAGAAGGGCGACACAAUACCCAGGGACACCCCAGGACCCCCCUUGGACGAGCUGCGUCGACGCCACGAAGCAAUGCAGUUGUCACGCAACUUGGAAGCACACCUGCACGAGCAACCGCGCCCAUCCCUUCCCGUGUCGCAGUGGGCGAGGGAGUUUGGUCGCUCUCUGAUUGAUGCCGACCAUUGUGUCCUGCCAACAACAGCUGCCAAUGCUUGCUACCUCUACUGCCCACAUCAGUUUUACGUGCAGCUCAAAACUGAAGAACUCGACAGAUUAGAACAGGUUACGGAGCUGCUGAACCAGCUGGCCGAUCGGAUAGCAGCUGUGUGUCCAAGCCCCGCUGGCUGGAAGCCUACACACCUAUGUAGCGCCUUCUACGAGGAUGCAGAGACUGGAACUGGUGCAUGGUAUCGUGGCCAGGUCAUGUCCGUGCAAGGGAGAAAUGCACAGAUCUACUUUGUCGACUAUGGUAACGAGGAAACCUUGUCUGUUGGCAGCCUGCUGCCUCUUCCCAAGGACUUAGCUGUACUGCCGCCACAGGCAAUAUGCUGUUCACUGGCACGUCUUGAAGCACCAGAUGACACGGACACUGAGGGCAAGGUGAGGGCAUGCGACGAAAUGGCGGACGUAGUUGCCGACUCUGUGUUCUUCGACUUGCUGAUGCUCGGUGAGUACGAUCGGGAGCGCGGCGUUCUUCCCGUCGAUCUCCUGCUGAGUCACGACGCCAAUCUACCGGCUGAACACAGCCUCAGUGACCUGCUGGUCCUGGGAGGUGUGCUGAAAGAGGUGUCCGACUUGCCCGCCACUGUACCGCUGCAUCCGUACAGCGCGUUCCAGCCACCACCGGAUGCCGAGUUCUCCAUGCGCGUAACUUGUGUCGACGACUGUGGACACCUGUACGGAUAUGAAAUACCUUCAGGCGCCGUAAUCAGUCCUCUCCAUCAGAUGUCAGAAAAGUUACAAGUACGGAUGGCUGAAUUGCACAAGAAGGCUGUACCACAGCGCUGCUGGAAGGGACAGUGCGGCUGUGCAUUGGCCGACGCCCAAAAUCCAUUCUGGCACCGCUGUAGCGUUGUGGAAAUCUUGCCCGACUUGAAGAUCAAGGUGUGGCUGGUGGACCACGGCAGGUUUGAAAUUGUCAGCAUACUGGAGUUCAUAGACGAGUCUUUCGAACCAAUCCUCCCUGCACAGGCCAUUGCUUGUACACUGGCGAAUGCGCAAGAUCUAUCGGCUGAUGAGCUAGCAGCGCUACGUGGUGGAGUGUUAUUCAAGCAAUGCACUGUGGUCAGACAGGAUGUUGGAAACGUAGUGGAAGGUGCUCCGUUGUCUGUGUUAAUGAAGUUGCGUUCUGGUGAAGAUGUCAGGGCAGCGACGCUAGCCAGAAUGGCCGAGGAAGCAGCAGAACAGGAGCACUCAUUAGUUAGCCAGCCAUCAUCUGCAUCCGCCGAGCCACCAGCGGCAGAAGCAAAGCCAGUGGCACGCUACGUGCCACCCAACCGUCGCACCAGCACUGGUGCUUCGAUUGAAGGCAACUGGCGUAGUUCUACCCUGGCAAGUAUCGACGAGGAGAGAACAGCACCCCGGGCAGCAGCAGCUGCUGAUCGUAGUGUCGCUGCUGACAGUCCGGUGUUCAUGUCAGGGAGAGCCACGUCAGCAGCCUCACUCACUGAUCAACACUUCUCCAGGCAGCAAGCAGAGCCGGAGCAGACAGUGUGCGAGUAUGCCAACAUGCGCUUGCCUGGUGUGGGUGAGCGGAUGGAGGUGAGUGCCGUGGACCUGGCGGCACCCAACGACCUACAUGUACAUGUUCUAUCAACCCCACUCAGGGUACGGGAUGCUUGUCUCCGAGAACAGGCCACCAUUGCAACAUCAUGCGCUGGCCUUACAAGCAAUACCUUGACACCAUUCUCUUCGCCACCAGCUGCAGGUACACUCUGCAUGGCGCAGUUCCAACGGGACACGUCCUGGCACCGUGCAGAGGUUCUGUCACGGGAGGGUGACACGGCGGACGUGUGCUUUGUCGACUAUGGCACCUGCACGCGCGGCCAGGACUGGUCAAGUCUUCGCAAAAUCCCCAGAGCGCUGUGCCAGAUCCCUCGACAAGCCGUGCGGUUAGUGGUGACUGGUAUUCAUGCCCCGGGUCCUCCUGGUAGCCAGUGGCCAGACACUACAGUGACAGCUGUUAGUGGAUUACUGCAAGGACGUGAGCUGCUAGCCGAAGUUCAGGCAACGAGGUCCAAUGUACGCUCUCCUCUUGAGGUGUCACUAUAUGUGAAUGGUGCAUCUUUAGCUGAACUGCUCGUAAAGGCAAACUUAGCCAGGUCAUCACAGUCAACUCUAUCCUCCUCCACAGCAGCAACACGUGUUGAGGUGGAUGACAGGUCAUCACAGUCAACUCUAUCCUCCUCCACAGCAGCAACACGUGUUGAGGUGGAUGACAGGUCAGCACAGUCAACUCUAUCCUCCUCCACAGCAGCAACACGUGUUGAGGUGGAUGACAGGUCAGCACAGUCAACUCUAUCCUCCUCCACAGCAGCAACACGUGUUGAGGUGGAUGACAGGUCAGCACAGUCAACUCUAUCCUCCUCCACAGCAGCAACACGUGUUGAGGUGGAUGACAGGUCAGCACAGGCAGCAGCCAGUUUGGAUGAUGGUAGCGUCGUCCCUGCCACUGCUGUCGGGAAUAGCAGCACAGUGACUGAAGGAAGUGUUUCAGAAACUGACAAUACAGAGGCUGCCGUAUCCAGCACUGCUGAUGAGGUACUCGACACUACCGCCGCCACUCCCGUGUCCGGUACUGUUGAGGAGGUACUCCACACUACCGACACUCCUGUGACGCCUGCCAGCAGAGAGGAAGACGAGGACGAGCAAGAACUGGAGAAUGUUGCUGAAGGCACAUCCUCUAGUCCAGUCACCAGUUGUUCUGGCACUGCUGAUACUGAUAGUGCAGGUGCUGUUGAUACUGAUAGUGCAGGUGCUGUUGGCUCUGUGCUCCCUGCCGCCGCCACUGCUGCUGAUGCUGCCGCUACGUUGCUAACGAGAGCGGCAUCGCCAUGCCUGGAUGCUGGUGAGAAUGCCUCCGCUGCAAUUGACGUUGCUGUCCCCGCUGUGGAUCAAGCUACUCCGGUGCCCACCGAUACUGUUAGCAAUGAUGAGCCCAGUGUGUCGUCGGUACGGCUGUGUGAAGGCAGCGAUGCUAUUGCCUCUGAUGUAGAUUGCGGACAACGGCAUGUACCACUGGACAAUGCUGCUGCUGCUGCUGGUCAUGUGGAGUCGCCACUUUGCCAAGAUGCCACUGCUGCCGUGGACAAUGCGCUGCCUGUGAAGAACAACCCCACAGUGGCCAGCGUGAAAGAGAUUCCUAGUACAGUUGCUAGUACAGUUCCUCUAGUCCAGUCUCACUCAACUACUUCAACCCUAACAUCUGUUGAUGGAGCUACUGGUGCUGCUGCUGCUGCCUCUGCUUCUGCUGAUGGUAAGAUUGAUAUUGCUUGUGAGGUUGUUGAUGGCAAUAGGAGCAUGCCAGAUGUUGGACAGAAUGAGACAGUGAUGACAGCAGCAGAGCAUGCGGGUAGUGUACAUGCACUGUUGGACACGGUGGCCAUUCCCAGUACCAGUGCCUCAGUCCAGACGACCACUGCUGACACAAGUGAUUGUGUGGAUUCAGUGCUGGUGCUCGAGGACGACGUUGUGGGCAGAGGCCAGCCCUCCACCACCACCGGCGACACAGCACAUGAUAGCUGGUCUUCGGCAGACGACACUCCACUUGCCAGUGACGUUGGUGACACGGCCCCUACAACUACAAGCACUGCAACCACUUUAGUUGCGGUUUGUAAUGCUGCAGAUGCCACAGAGCAGAGCAGUGAUGGUAGCAUUGCCAAUCCCACAGAGCAGAGCAGUGAUGGUAGUAUUGCCAAUCCCACAGAGCAGAGCAGUGAUGGUAGCACUGCAGAUCCCACACAGCAAAGCAGUGAUGGUAGCACUGCAGGUGUCACACAGCAAAGCAGUGAUCGUAGCAUUGCAGAUGCCACAGAGCAGAGCAGUGAUGGUAGCACUGCAGAUGCCACACAGCAAAGCAGUGAUGGUAGCAUUGCCAACCCCACAGAGCAGAGCAGUGAUGGUAGCAUUGCCAAUCCCGCAGAGCAGAGCAGUGAUAGUAGCACUGCAGAUGCCACAGAGCAGAGCAGUGAUGGUAGCACUGCAGAUGCCACAGAGCAGAGCAGUGAUGGUAGCAUUGCCAAUCCCACAGAGCAGAGCAGUGAUGGUAGCAUUGCCAAUCCCGCAGAGCAGAGCAGUGAUGGUAGCAUUGCCAAUCCCGCAGAGCAGAGCAGUGAUAGUAGCACUGCAGAUGCCACAGAGCAGAGCAGUGAUGGUAGCACUGCAGAUGCCACAGAGCAGAGCAGUGAUGGUAGCAUUGCAGAUGCCACAGAGCAGAGCAGUGAUGGUAGCAUUGCCAAUCCCACAGAGCAGAGCAGUGAUGGUAACAUUGCCAAUCCCACAGAGCAGAGCAGUGAUGGUAGCAUUGCCAAUCCCACACAGCAGAGCAGUGAUGGUAGCAUUGCCAAUCCCACAGAGCAGAGCAGUGAUGGUGCGUUGACAGCAGACUGUCGUGGUACAUCGCCUGUUGCUGCUAGUGCCGGUAUUUGUAGUGAUUCCCAGACCCAGUUAGCACAUGUGCCAAGUGUCAAUACCAACCCCACCAACCCCACUAGCCAACUGUCCAAUAGCAACAAUAGCUCCGGUUCAGAGCAGAGCGGUGCUAUCAGUGUUCAAGAACCCAAUCAGACUCACCUCGAAUCCGCUCUCUCACCUUCCUCUACCGACAUGUCGGAGAGUGUCUGCCAGUCCUCACCUUGCCACCUGCAGAUCCAGCUUGAAGAACAGCAAGAGGCUAGUCCAGUUUCUAUUGGCGACGUUCAAACGGAGGAUUACUUGUCAGCGGACGAUGGCCUCCCAGGAAGUGGCCUGUAUCCUUCAGUGAGUGCUGCUGACUCUAGUGGUGUUAGUAGUAGUUCAUCUGCUACAAGUCUGACUGGCCAACCACUCGUGGGAAUUACGUCAACCACAGCAACAACAACAAUGACAACAAGAACAACAUUGGAAGGCUACGAGUCGGCUCUCUAGAACGCCAUGUCUUCUUUGGUGCGAUCUUCCGUUCCAUCAGACCUAGACCUAGCCGAGUAAGGUAAAUACUCGCUGUGACUGCGUUCACAUUACCCUGUUUUUUUUGUUGCGUGUUGUGAGCAGAUUACAAUCCCAUUGCAGUCACUGUUCUUUUAACUCUCUUUUUUGUCCGUUGUCUGGCAACAGGGCCACGCAGAGUGCUGUUGUCCUUGCCAUGCGCUGGCUGACGACUAGGCCACAUAGGAAGUUACUGCUUUGUUUUUUUGGAUUAAUUUUAUGGGAAGCACCCAUCUUUUUUUGCGGCCCGGGAGUAUUAGGUCAUGCCACACGGGUCUUGUGCUACAGGUGCUUUGCAGCAGUAGUAACCCUAAGCCGCACGGACACGAGCAUAGGUUAGCAUGCACCGUGGCAAUGUAUACCAGCUUGUCUUUUUCUUUUUAUCUUUUUCUUUGUCUCGGUCCGUCUUUCUUGCCACCUAGCUCGGUAUGUUCUGACUGUUUUUACGCUGGCAGCAGCCGCCACCGCCGCCAUCAUGUUGAUCUGCUACUAGUACGUGUUCUGGUCUUCCUUAGAUUCUUUUAGAACCCUCCAUGUCUGUGUGUUUUAUCUUGUGUUCUUUCUGAAAAACCAUUGCAUAUCUCUUUUUACGGUUGAAAGCUUGACAACACUGUUCUAUAGCCACUCACCCAUUCCUCUUCUAUAGCCACUCACCCAUUCCUCUUAUAGCCACUCACCCAUUCCUCUUGAUGCCAAGAACCAUCCUAUUCCAUGACGACCUUCGCUGCUCCCUUAGGUGAACGAAACUUUCUUUUUUCUCUUGGUUCAAUACAAUUUGGAUUGCCUC